CGCGCGCGCGGCGCGAUGGCGACGACGCGACGGUCGAGCGCGGCGAGGCGCGCCGCGGCGGCGCGCGUCGCGAACGACCGCGACGACGACCGCGACGACGACGACGACGAGGACGCGAUGACACGCGCGGAGGCGACGGAAUCGACGGAAAUGGAAGACGAUUGCGACUUCGUGCGCGAACUCCCGGGCGCGUCGGGAGGGCUCGAGGAGGCGACGCUGGCGGCGAUGCGGGGCGUGUCGCUGGGAGACGCGUGCGCGGCGGCGGGCGUGAGGACGCUGGCGCGAGAGACGCGAGAUGGGGACGCGGUGAUCGAUCGAGACGCGGCGGCGGCGACGACGGAGCGGGCGCUGGACGCGGCGAUGCGGGAAAAGGCGCUGGUGCUGGAGAGAUACGAGGGAAGGACGCACUCGGUGAAGGCGAAGGAGGGAAGCGUGCAGGGGGCGUUUCAAAGGGCGGUGUUCGCGAAAAAGUUGCACGAGAGGAUCACGACGCGCGUGCGGGAGGAGGUGCGAAGACGAGCGGAGAGCGAUUUGAGAACGGCGAGACGAGCGGCGCAGGAGAGACAGUUGAGUGGGAGGCGAGACGCGAAGGCGGCGAUGGACGCGAAACGAGAGGCGCCGCAUAAACCGUGGUUCUUGUUGGAGACGCCGAAGGAUGAGCAAAUGCGAUUGCGAAAGGCGGCGAUGGUGGACGCGGCGAACGCCGAGGCGGGCGCGGACGCGGGCGCGGACGCGUCGUCGUCGUCGUGGACGAUGCCGGGGAACGUGACGAUCGAGCCCGUGCCAGAUACCACGGAUGAAUCGGUGCUAGGUGCGGUGAGGAUGUGCAUUUACAUGGUCCAGUCGCAUCCGAGACCGAUUCAGAAGGUUUUGGACUACCUCUUUGGGUACUCGCCCGCGGUGGACGGCGAAGACUUGGAAGAAAUCGACGCGUACUCCAAAGGGCUCCCAGUGUCGCGCGGUCGAAUGCCGGCAGAUUUGGCGUACUCGUACGCGGCGAAUCUCGACAAAACUCUCGGCGAACGAGACAAAGUGGCGCUCAAGGCGCUCAUCAAGGAUGUCAAGGAGGAGUGGUCGUCGCACAUCAAAGCCGGGUUCGACGCGGUGAAGGAGCUCGAAUCCACCCCGCUCGACUCCGCAGAGGACAUUCGCGUGCAGAAUCGCGACAGUUGGCUCCGCGCUAUGUUCCCAACCCUCGAUUGGCCGACGAGAAACGAGAAAAAUUAUAAGUUCAUGGAGCAUUUGCGCGAGCAACAAGCCUUGGACGCUCGCACCGCAGUCUCGACGUCGCGACCAGUUCCCUUGGCUCUCAGUCGCGCCAAUCGCGCCAAGCAAGCGCAAGAACAAAUUCAAACUUAUGAUCUGGGUGGCUCAAAGAUUCACUACAGCAAAGAUGGCGUCCCGAUCAUUGCUCCCGAUGGUUUCUUCCCCAAGGCGAACACCGCGCCUUCGAAACGCGCCGAGACCGCACGCAUCCGUCUCGCCGCCUCCGACGCCGAACGAAGGCUCGCCGAGCGGCGACGACUAUAGAACACCAAAGUCGAUAGCACUAGUCCAUCAUUGGCCCCUCCUAGC